ACUAUUUAAACCAAUACUCAAUGUUAGGUUUGCACUUUGCUCAUCUCCCUUUUUUGUAUUUCAGUAAUCAUAGCACAUUACCUCUCCUUCAUCCAAAAAGAAAAGUUUAAGCUGUUUCUUAAAGAGCUGACUCAUUUUAUAAACCCAUGUUUUGAGAGGGAGGAUUGGUAGUUGAAGCUGCUUUCUUUUCCAUUGCUUGGAAAUUGAUACAUUGGAGAUGCAAGUUCCUGAUCAUUUGCUAAGGUAUUUCAUCAUUGCUGCAUUAUCUUAUGCUUUGCUUUUACCAAUUGUUUCUUGCUCAUCUGAUGGAGAGGUUGUUAGUCACACCAACAUUAGAGAAAAUGUGCACAAGGUGAGUCCACAAAUGACAUCUCAUAUAGCUGUUCACGGCCUUUUCCUCUGGGUUUCCAUGGGGUUCUUAAUGCCUGUUGGUGUACUUACUAUUAGAAUGGCCAACAAAGAGGAAGGUGGAACAAGGGUUAAAGUUUUAUUUUAUCUCCAUGGUGUGUUGCAGACACUCGCAGUGCUUCUUGCAACAGUUGGAGCUAUAAUGUCCAUAAAGAACUUGGAGAAUUCGUUCAAUAACAACCACCAAAGAUUAGGCCUUGCCCUGUACGGUGCCAUUUGGAUGCAAGCUCUGGUUGGAUUUCUCAGGCCUCCUAGAGAAGGUAAGAGGAGAAGUACAUGGUACAUAACACAUUGGAUUCUGGGAACAACAACAUCAACGGUGGGGAUCAUAAACAUCUAUACUGGUUUAGAAGCAUACCAUAAGAAGACAUCAAAAGGCACUGGCAUUUGGACCAUACUUUUCACAGCUCAAGUCUCGUUCAUGGCUUUACUUUACCUCUUCCAGGACAAAUGGGAGCAUAUACAAAAGCAAGGCUUGAUGUUACCCAACUUACAUUCACAGGCUAAUCAGCAGCAGCAAACUUUAUCCUCUGAUCAUCGAGAGGAUGCAGUGAUUGUAGUGACUCAAAGGGUUAACCAGAAAGUGUUGUUGCCUGAACCAUGUAGUAAAAGUAAUGCACUUCGGAAUCUGUUUGACUAACUUCGAAUUCU